AUGUCUAAGAAAUCUGGUAAGGGAAAGGGUAAAAAUGACGGAGAUGAGCUAGGAGCAGAAAAGGAAUAAGUUUUGCGUACUAAAGUUGAAUCACUGAUUUAGAGAUUAGGUCAUGAAUAAGAAAGAGCAGAUAGAGCUAAAGCUGCAGAAAACGAAUUAAGAGCAAGAUUAUUUGAUUUGGAUAAAGAUUUUAAAAAUGAAAAAGAUAGACUUUUUUCAAUUACUUCAGAUAUGACAAGACAAUAUAAAUAAAUGCAAGAUGAACUUUUAAAUCAAGUCAAUGACUUAAACAAAACAGUUAUUGAAAAAGAUGAAGAAAUAAAGAAAAAAGAUUAACAAAUUUAAGAUAUGACUAAAGAUUAUGAAUACAAACUCAAGAAAAAAGAUGAUGAAAUAUAAGAUUUGAAGAGAAAGAUAGAGGAAAUGUCUGCAGAAUUCGCUAAGAUGCUUAAGGAUACUCUUGACAAAAUGCAAGAAAGAAUUGAAAUGGUUCAAUGGGACUCUGAUACUGAUCCUCAAAUGAUGAAAAGGUUAAAAGAUAUGACUGGGCUUUCAAACAACUGA